GGAGGUUUCCGAAGUUGUUGCUAGGUAGAGUGAGUAAGAUGGCGGCUCUAGACAGGGUCAAGGUGCUGGUGUUGGGCGACUCCGGUGUCGGGAAAUCUUCGCUUGUUCACCUCUUAUGUCAAAACCAAGUGUUGGGAAACCCGUCCUGGACAGUGGGCUGCUCGGUGGAUGUUCGAAUCCAUGACUACAAAGAAGGGACUCCAGAAGAGAAGACCUACUACAUUGAGCUGUGGGAUGUUGGAGGUUCAGUGGGUAGUGCCACUAGUGUGAAGAGCACACGAGCAGUAUUUUAUAACCUGCUGAAUGGGAUAAUUUUAGUGCAUGACUUAACCAACAAGAAAUCAUCUCAGAAUUUGUAUCGCUGGUCUUUGGAAGCGCUCAACAGAGAUGUUGCUCCAACAGGAGUUCUCGUGACAAAUGGUGACUAUGACCGCGAACAGUUUGCUGAUAACCAGAUCCCACUGCUGGUGAUAGGAACUAAGCUGGAUCAGAUUCCAGAAGCUAAACGAAAUGAAGUUUUGACCAGAACGGCUUUCUUGGCUGAGGAUUUCAAUGCUGAAGAAAUAAAUUUGGAUUGCACCAAUCCUCGUUACCUUGCUGCAGGGUCAUCCAAUGCUGUCAAACUAAGCAGAUUUUUUGAUAAGGUCAUAGAGAAGAGAUACUUCUUAAGAGAUGGCAAUCAGAUUCCUAGCUUCUCUGAAAGGAAAAGGUUUGGAGGAGGAGCACUGAAGAACCUUCACUAUGACUGAACACCGAAGAAGUGGAAGAUGACUUCUCUGAGUUUUUCAUGACAUUCCCAUUCUGACUAGGUGCUUAAAAACUGCAAUGCUUUUAUCAAGCAGAGUAAAAUGAUAUUACAGCCAGGUAGACUGCUGAAGCUAUUUCUACUUGAAAACACUUUGGGAAGAACUUCCAAGAAUCUGAUCUGAAGUCUAAAGUGUUUCUGCGAAUUUCUAGCCAUCUGGAUAUAUGGGAAGAUCUGGGGAAAGUGUGCAAUCAGCUGGAUGCCUCUCACACCACUGUGAGAAUCUUUAUCAAAGCAGCACAUAUAUGUGACAUCUUUUUCUCCAUUUUGGAAAACUUAUGGACAGUCUUUGUGAUUAAUUACAUUCAUCUUGCAUCUAAAGGAAAGAUGGCACUUAAAUGGGCUUCUCAUUUUCAGUGAAGUAAGCAAAACAAGUGAGCAAAUUGUAAGGAUGGGUAAGAAACGGUCUGGAGAGUAAUAAAGGCCUCUGUUAAAUGAAUGGUGUUGUCUCACCUGGAACACACUGUCCAGCCCUAUUGAAAAGAGAUAAAAGAAGUAUGCACGAGAUGAAAAAAGAUUUUGAAGCCUUAAAGAGAAAAUAAUGUGUAGAAAACGAUUGUUAAUUCUGCUGCUUAAAUUAAAAUUAUUUACUUUGGAGAGGACAAAAUUAAUCAGGUACUCCUGUUUAUCUUUUUAAUAACUGAGCGUGGUCUAGUUCUUAAUAUUGAAUUAAAAGGCAGUGCACUGAAAGCUGAUGGAAAAAAUAUGUUCUCCUGCAACGCUUGUUUGGAAAAAAUGUGAUGUGGUCUUACCGAGCCAGAGGGCUUAGCAGAUUCAGGAAAUACAGACAUCUAAGAACAUACUCUGAAUUGGAAUGGAAAUUUAAAAGGGAUGUAAAGCCCAGUAAAAAAGUAGAAACCAGGCAUGAUUAGAAGGAAAGUUCUGUGACUGGGAUGUUUCCUUUUCAUAUUUAGAACUAAGGAUAAAGGAGACUUGACCUGGUGAUCUGAUUCACUGUGCAAGCUGUUGUCUUCCUAAGUAGCUCAACCUUUACACAGAUUCUCACCUCCGCGGAAUUAUAUUGAGUGGUGAAAGCCUGAUAUGUGGCAGUUUCUUCUUUCCUCUCUUUCCUUGCAGUUACCUCUAAUGGUUAAACCUCUGGCAAAGGCUAACCACAAGCCAGAGUUAGAUAUAAAUACAGAUUAAUAAUAAAUGGGGAUAGAAGAAAGUAAAAUGCUGGUGUGAAAUUGACAGCAAGCAGAGUUCUGCAGUCUCCAGAUUACAUCUGCCUGCAGCUCUUCUCUAGCAGCUGCUUGGAAAUAAAUGGAAAACUGCCUAUCGUCACUAAUAAGGCACAAAAAUGACAGCCAGGUGCACCAGGCAAACUUAUUAAAAAUAUGGAUACUUUGCUUUUCCUUAGGCCAUUUCCAGAAAGGUCUGGGAGCAUUUGCAAACAUGAGUGCAGUAAGUUUUGAGAUGCCUGUAUGAAAUAGGUUAUUAGUUUGCAUUUUGUUUAUGACUUAGGGAAAACAAAGUACCAAAGUAUUCAUGGCAGCUAAACCAUGGCUGAGCUACGCAGCUCAUGACAGCACCAAUGUCUCUCUCUGCUUCUUUGACAAUGAAAGCUGGCAUUAUUUUCUCAGGGUCAGAGACUGUCUUAGGAUAACCAGAUCUGCGCUCCCUCAGGCCACUAAGGAACUGCAGAGCAGAACAAGCAAGAUAAGGCCAUUUCUUCCUUCACCCCAUGGCUUCUUUAGAAGUGGAAGUGUUGCAGAGUAAGGGAGGCUGUUUAGUUUAAGAAGCUGCAUUAAGAAAUAGUGGCACAAGUCUUCCAUUUGGAGAAAGCAACUUUCCAAAGUAGCCUUCUUCAAUUACUCAAAAAAGGAACAUUGCUCAGUGUUCUGUAGGGUGACCUAAUUGCAGCUUGUCUAUAUUCGUGUGUUUCACUCCUCCGGCUCCCCAAAGAAGAAGUGGAUUCUUUGUAUUGGAAAUCUUGUGAAGCACAGUUUGUGCUCCAGAAAGAGGAGGGAAUGCAAAAGUCCUGUGUAUUGGUGUGACUGAAGGUUAUGGCAAUCAGGGAUUCAGGAGCAAAUUACAAAGAGAUACUGUUGCAGUAGGAGGGAGAGAAGAUAAAGGGAAUAGUUCUGAGGAAAAGUAGAGCAUGUGGGCAGGUGGUAGAAGGUUAGCAGAUUGAGAUAGAAGUGUGAUUGAGACUGUGGCUCAUGCUCGAGGCUCAGCUAAGUCUGUCUGGGCUCAGUCAUCCAGCUGUGAGCUGUAAAACUCCUCCUGGGAUAUCUCCGUCCACUCUUGAACUGACCUAUCUGCAAGUUGAAGAAGGCUUCCCUGGAGGCAUGGUUCUGAUGUAUCUGUUUAUCAAAUUGCAGUGUUUUCAGUAAAUUGGUAAUUAAAGAGUUCACCCUUUUUUACGUUAGUGUGGACGUUUAACUUGAAGAAAAUAAGGACCGUAAUUCCAGACUGUGUGGUCACAAUAUUUGCUCUGAUAUCACCACCCUUAACUCUGUCUUGCCAUAAGCAAAUCAUUUAACUUCAAUAGUUAGUUUUAAUGCACUGAAAUCCUUUAGAUAGCUGCCAUUUGGUUCUCACUCUUUAGAGUGAAGGCUAAAUUUCUGUGCUGUCUCCAUUGAUAGCUCUGAAGAAUUACUACAGGCCCAUCUCACCAUGAUUACAGAGUUUUAGCAUUUGUGAUCCCAGUUUAGAAUAGAUUGCUUUGUAAAACACCUAUGUGUUUCUUUGAAUGUAUUUUUAUCCACUUCUCAUACUUCAUCAGGCCUGAAUUAAGGGUAGUAGCACAUUCAAGUUAUGGUUAUAUAUAAUCUGGAAAUUUCAUGGGUUUCCUAUGCUUGGGGUUCAGAUAAUGGCACUACCCCUGUAUUACGGGGUUUACAUUUACGUGAUUGACACACGCUGCAGGUCUCUAGGAAUAGCUCCAUAGGAAUUUUGUUUAGAGUGAUAGCUUCUGUUUCCCUAAAUGUAAGGCAGAGGCAGAAUGGACUGAUAGUUAUAAAUUAUCAUGAGAGCCAUGGGAAUUGGCAGGCCUGCUGACUAGGUAUAGUGUGGAGUUAGAUGUAUCUUUCUCUUUUUAAUUGGAAGUAGCAGCUCCAUGCACAAGUGCCACCAGUUUAGCUUUUUUCUUGUACCAACAGGAUUGCAUGCACCUUGCAGCAAUCUUUAGCAAAGGUUCCACAGGCAUUAAGCAUGUGAAACCUCUCCAGCAGUGGGGUUUCGUGCGCAACCUUAAUGCAAAUUUUCAUUAUUGAUGAUGAUAAUAUUUGCAGAGGUGGCUACAGUAUGCUCCAUUUGUCACAAAUGAGAUCUGAACUACUGUGUCGUAGCCUGCAGUCAAUAGAUUUUUUUUGGUGAGGUAUAGUGAAGUCAGGGCUCGAAUCCUCAUUUUUCAGUUGAUGAGGAGGUGACAGACUUCACUGAUGGAAAAUCUGCUUCUGCUUUUCAGCAAAGGGCACUUAAUUUUUUCUUUCUUUUGUUAGUCAGCCCUUCCCAUUAGAAAUCAUGUUCCUGUCUCACUUUCCUUACAGGGAUGCCGGUUAUUUUGAUUCCUUUAUAGGGCUGAGCAGGUCCGUGGCUUGGUGUACUAGUUUUCUUCGACAAAAAGCCAUUAUCAUUAUUGAUGAACCUGUCACUGGCUGGCAAGUUACCAGGAAGUGCUCAGAGGUAAGGCUUUCCUUGGGGCCUGCUUUGCUGCAGCACUAUGCCUUAGGUCCUCCUCACACAGCCACUGUUUUUAGGAAAAGCAUCACGUAGGUGUCAGGUAGAAGAGGGGAAAGAGAAUAAAAUCAGCCCCAAUCCACUUCAAUUUCAAUUGUCUAAUCAACAGCAAUCCUCUCCUCCCUAGUGAGGGCCUGACAUACAGCCAAAAGUAUUGUUCUUAGUGUUAGUCACUUGUGCUGCUGUGGGUUUAUUCUGACAUCUGAUCAGUAACUGUGGAAAAUAUGUUUCUUUAUGGUAGAUGAGAACUCAAGGAAAAGGUUAAGAGUCUUGAUCGCUAACCAUGCAUGUAUGAGCAGUGUCAGGGCUUUCUGGCUGCUGAGGCAAAGCUUCAACAAACCGUGAUUCUCAGGAAUCGUGUCUGAAUGGAUCUGGAAAUUAGAUGCACUUCUCUAACAGAAAGGGAUGAUGCCCCACAUGGUUAAUGGGAAAAGAAGCAGAUUUGUCAAUGGGGUUUUUCAGGGUAGAAUAAGUAGCUUUCUGAAAGACAUGCUUUAGCACAGCUUUGAGGAAAAGUCCCCCAGCAUGUUUGUAAGGAGGUUGGUUUAGAUGGUCAGAGCUAUCUGUGGCAGCAAAGAGACUGUGAAAUCUAGCUUUGGCAGUUCAGCUCCUUACCCAGUCUCUGCUGUAAAUACUGUUAAGUACAGAAAUGUGUUUUCUUUUUCCUCAUUUGUCAUUAUAUCCCGGAGAUGGAGCUUGUUGUGCCCUUGGGUUUAUCAAUGUACAGAAACUCUGGUUCCAUACCUGCUGAAAUUGCACAUGGAAAUUCCUUCUUAGCAUGCCGCCAUGGACUUCUCUCAAAA